AACAUGACCGUGAACUUACAAGAUGAAGGUCAAUGUGCUCCUCAAUCUUGGAGUGUGAGCCUUGAGAUGCAGUUGUAUUUGGUAACCCCACCAGUCAUGAUGCUUGCCUUGCUCCUCCUGAAGAUAUGCAAGGUUUUCGAGUUUCCAUGGUGGCUUCUGGGCUUUUCUGGGAUUGCCUGGGCUGCAUGUUGUGUAGCUCGUGAGGCUGCAUUGCCUCAAGUCAUUGCCAUGGAUGGAAGCGUUUGGUACACAGGGACGCAAUAUCGAUGCGCUCCAUAUGUCAUGGGAGUGGCAGUAUCUGUGCUUUGCCAGCAGGGUAUACCCUGCCCGGCAGCAGGCCUUCUCCAACGAAUCUUGUCUCUUCUCUCUUGGAGCAUUCUUGCUGCUUGUGCUUACUUUGGGGGUGGUGGGCCUCUGUUGGGCUUUGAGAGCCCCAUGGCAAGAUGGCCCUUCGGCCUAGAAGCCGCAAGGUUGCACUUUGUGUUGGGACGUCCCCUCAUAGCAGCUGCAGCAGGAUACCUCCUCUGGAGGAACCUCCAUGGCUCAGAGCUUUGCCUAAACAAAGUGCUUACAGCACCAAUCUGGCGGCCCCUUGCGCGCCUGAGCUACUCUGCCUACAUGAUGCAGGUGGUGAACUUUGCUGCGGCUGCUUGGCUCUUGGCCCCACUGUCAGAUACUACGAGCAGAGCAGCGAAAGCAGUUGCGUCUCUUUCUCCUCCGGCUUUAGUUUGCAUGUGCUAUGCCUGGGCUGUUCUUUACACGCUGUUUGCCUUCGCCUUGGCAUUUCUGAGCUACAUAGCAGUGGAGGUUCCUGGUAUGGCCUGGGGCCAGCGUCUCACUGCGAGAAUCCGACCACCGAAGCCAAGGAUAGAUCUCAAGCUGCCGCUCGUGGCGCGGGUAGCGUGA